AUGUACCGCAUCUUAUUAUUUCUUUCUUUGUGUCUCUGUGUCCUGAGCGUUCCGAUUGACAAGAAACAAUCACUUGGAGGGAAUGAUCAAACGGCACAAGCUCUAUCGGAACUACUGAAAUAUGUUCCAUCAGUAAUUCGAGAUAUGAAUCUAGACCCCAUAGCUCUGAUUAGAUUGGCACUUCAUUACAAAGAAUUGCAAAACCAAGUGCCAGCGAAUACUCCAGUUCGACAACCUCUACAAAGUACUACACUGUACGACGCCCUAGGUCGACCGAUAAACCAUAAACCGUACUCUUUUCAAAACGUUACUAAACAAUAA